AUGGAUGCCUCGCCACAGGCCUUCCAUGCCGCAGCCCCGCUCUCCUGUCGCGCCGCACAGCUGCUGCUCUUCCUCCCACGUCCGCCUCGUCCUGCUGCUGCUUCUACUUCGCCUCGCCGUCCGCGCGCCCGGCUAGGCGCAGCCGCGCCCCGCACAUGCCCUACUCCGGCCACCCUCCCCGCUGGUGCCCUUCGCCGCGCGCGCACGCGCCGCAUCGCCUGCUGCCCCGCUGCGUGGCCGCCCCCUUCUCCCCUGACACGCUUCACCGCGUUCGCGGAUGCGCACGCGCCCCCACCGUCGCCCCUCGGCCGCGCGCUCGCAGCCACUGCUGCCGUGGUUGCCGCCACCAUUGCGUCGCGCCUCCACCCGACUGCGUCGCCUGAACCGCGCCGCCUCCCCGCCCCGUCGUGCCGCGCCCCCCUGACGUCCCGCCUCCCGCCUCGGCUCCGCCGCACCGGCGCCGCCCCUCGCCUCCUGCCGCUGCUCCUUGACGGCGCCCAGCGGCGCCCGUUCGGCCCCCGCCUGGUUCGGGCGCCAACACGCCCCGGCAACCGUAACCGCACGCCCGAUGCCUGCUAA